UCCCCUCGGAAGGAAGGGCCCAGGGUCAGCCCGCGGCCCGGAGCGAAUGCGGCGUUGGGGGUGGGGAGAUCCUGCAGAGACCCAGGCGUUGGAGUUCUCUGGGGUUCCGCAGACUCACCACACCUUGUCCUCGACCGAGACCCCGACCGGGACCCUAGUGGCUCUUGGCCUAGGCUUAAAUGGGAGUCGCUUCGUGGUUCCAUAUGGCUGGGGAGGGAGAGAGAGGUGGGGGCCGUUAAGGUCAGAUACGUGGUCUUCCCGCACCUCUCCAGGGACAAGUUGCCAGAGACCAGAGAAGUGGUACCCGGUAGCAGGUGCAGGUCGGGUGAGCUCCCAGUGGCCUCGGAUUCCAGAGCGCCUUUUCCAUUGGAGGUUAAAGGUCAACGAUAGAGGGAGAUUCUGGGUUAGGAAUAGAGGCUGUGAGGGAGGAGAUAGAGAGGAUAGGGGAGGCUGUACCUAGCCUUCUGUGAGUGGGGCCCACCUCUCUUCUGUAGGAGUCAUUAGGGAUGCUGCUCUCUCUCUGGCAGUCUCUGACACUGUUUAAUCAAUGAAUUGACGACUGCAGUAGAAGAGACCAAGAUUAGACAUAAAGAACUUUUGAGAGUGGGACAGUGAUAAAAGUUGGCUCUGCCUCUUCGGGAAUCUCAGAGCAGAUUAGACUGACAUUAGACGCGGGUCCUCUGGUGUAUCUCUUUCUACACCAUGAUGCUUCCAAGACAGCAAUUCCCUCAAGUCAAACAGUCACUCCCUACCUCCCCCAUUCCUGAGCUCCGUCUUUUCCUCAAAUGCUCCAUCUGCAGUAGAGUCUUCCCCCUGGGCCUGACAGCUCAGAAUACGGAGGCCAGCACACAUCUUUGGAGUUCUGCCCUACUAUCUGUCCAAGGCAAGAAAUGUGGUUUAGGGUGGGGUGUGUGUGCUGUGAGUACAUGUAGGCAGGAGAUGCUGGCAGUCUGACUCCAGAAGGAUUCCUUUAACCUGAGCAGCACGGCUGAGGAGAGUGAGGCAGGCUACCAGAUGCCUUCAGAGUGUGAUUGAGUCGUAUACCCACCCUGGCUCAGGGGAGCCUUCACAUGGUUACUGCAUCCGUCACAACCCCCAAGAAAUCCUAGGGCCAAGGUAGAACGAGAGACGCAGGUAGACAGAGAACUGGAUCACACCACAAGAAAAUGGCUCUGGAACUUUGGGGAUUUAGGUGAGCUCUAUAUCUAGAGGAAUGUGGUGUUCACAUCAGGGUGCCAGACCUCCCACCUCCCAGCCUGCUCCUUGCACCCCAAAGACUCCAUCUAGGAUCCGAUCCUCCAAGCAAAGCAACGUUAGAUCUUUUCUUCUGCACUUGUAUGAGAAAGGUAAUGCACGCGGGGAGAGUAUGAUCAGCUCCUUUCCCAUCUCGUCUCCUCUCCUUGCCUUCUGCGGCUCUUAUGCCUCUAGCUCCUGGGAUUCCCAGUGAUACCCCAAACUCCAACAGUCAAGACUCAGAUUCCACUACCGUUUGUGUGAACCUGCCCACAGGUCAGGUCUGGGCAAGGAACUGCAUCAGAAAUCUCCAUGAAUUGGACUCUGACUCGGAAACAUCUGUGCUAAAACCUCCCAACUAAAAGCACACCCCCUUCUCUGAAAACCCCAAGGAUAAAACGCCUGCUUUCUUCCUGAUGUACUACUCCCCAGAGGCCCAUACAUGCAAACGGUCACCAGCAGGCCUCUCCUGCCAUUUUUCUUGUGGAGGUGAAUGAACUCUAUGUGCAGUCCAAGUUGCAGUAGAAAUCUAAUCGUGUUCUAGAAUGUGCCGGAGCCUGAAAGCGAACCCAAGCUGACCUGUGCCUGGUGCAUAGCCCGGAGUGGUGGCUCCCAGCCUGCCUAUGGCUCAAGAUGCAUGUGGUGCUUGUUAGCUUUACUAAUGACGCUAGAGAUGGUCUGUGAUUCAACCACCUGGCUUUGAAGCUGGCCUUUUGCACCCCAGAGAAUGUUUCUUUCUUUUCUUCUUCUUUUCUUUUCUUCCGGUGUGUGAUGGGAAAGGAAGCACUUCUCUAAAGCAGAGUCCCAUGUCAUCAUCUGAAGAAUCAGAUGCUCUCUGGCUCCUUCUAGAUGGAGGGAAUAGACAUUAUGUUUACAUUCAUGGAAGAAAGGUGCUAGCUACCCUAAGGCGGGAUGGUUCUCCAUGCCUUAACUUUUAUUCUUUCUUGAUUUUUUUUUUUUGAGACAAGAUCCAGCCAUCUAGCCCAGGCUGACCUCAAACUCAUAAGAAUUCUCUCGUAUCAACCUUCUCAAAGUACAAAUAAGCAUGUAGAAUGCACUUCAAGUGUCUUAAAGUCCAACACCUAACAGUUGAAAACCAUUCUAGAUGUCUCUGAAAGUUCUCUUCUGCUGGCUCUGAGAGGACCAGGCGGGGCGGCUUGUUCUAGAGGGCUUCAUUUCCUUCGAGCUCUGUGCAAAAACUGUGUUUUCUGUUCUUAAUGCUCAAGCAUUUCUCUGUCUUCCUGGCCCACCGAGCUGGGGGUGAGAUAUGAUCAGGACUGACUUGAAGGCUCAGGAUCAGGCCAGGCUUCUUUGGGGGUGGCCUUGGCUUGGGUUGAGCAUGGUAAGAAGAUCUGAUUGAGCUCAGCAUCACCUCUGCGGGUUAGGCCUCUAAUUUUUGAACUUCUUAGGACACAGAGUCAGAGCUGAGCCAGCUGGGCGUCCAGUCCAGACACUGCAGAUUUAAAUGACACCCCAUCCCUCAGCUCUCUCUUUGGGGCACUGAACUCUUUCUCCCCCAUGGAAUCCCAUACAGUUCUCUCCCCUCAGGCGUUGCAGUUAUAAACUGGGGAGAGACUGGCUGACUGGGCCUCCCCUUCACCACUCCAGCCUUAAUUCCCCAUUCGAGGGGACCAUGGGUAGAAAGGUAAGGUGGCCAUCUGCAAUGAUGAUGAUGAUGAUGAUGACAGCUGAAUUAGUGCCAAACCUCCGUCCACCAUAGUAUUCUACAUUAGCUUCCGCUUUAUGUCUGACUGCUCUAAUGAAGCAGGCACCCAGUCAUACAGCUUUGUGAGGCCAUAAUUAGCCCAGCAUUGUCUCUCCUCAUCAUAGUUUUUUUUUUUUUUUCAGGAGCAUUAAUUCCUUCUCUGUUUGGACUCUGCUAAUUAUCCCCAUCAGUAGGUAGCUCGGCCAGGCUCUCUAAAGAAGAAAAGGAAGCAAUGGCCCUCUGCUCCCCCUCCCCCAACUCUGAAUUUAAUUACACCCACUUCUCCUAAUAAAUUUACAAGCCACAGCACAGCUUAUUAUUAAUGGACCAUGUCUGUUAGCCUCAGUAAGGACCAGCUACUGUUCUCUCAAUACAAGCGCUCUCUCUCUCUCUCUCUCUCUCUCUCUCUCUCUCUCUCUCUCACACACACACACACACACACACACACACACACACACACACACACACAGGUAUUCCUCAGGGAUAUCACUGGAUGGGACUUUUCAGAAGCAACUGCUACUUGAAGAAGAAAAGUCAGAGUGGAGGUUAGAUACAAUCCAAUUGCAGGGACCUGCGCAAGUUUAAAAGAUCAGAUCAAAGAGUAGAGAACUCCCUCACCUUCUUGAGAUUCCCCGACUCCACUCCACGGGUGGAGCUCUGAGCCUGCAGAGCCUCAGCCCCGUCUCCAGUUCCCGCAGAUGCCUGGUUUAAAAGCUGGGAUUUUGGUAUCCGCGAGCCCCACAUUCAACUCCCAGCUCUUCUGCUUAACACACUGCACCCUUGAACAAGUGACUUAGUUAUCAUCUCUACACUGUUUAUCUAUGAGAAGUGAAAUGGAUUUCUUCAGGAGGCUGUAAAGAUUAAAUGAGAUAAUAUAAAGAAAGGCACAAUGCUUGCCGCAUAGAAAUGAACAGCAAAUACGACCAUUAAUAUUAAUAUGAAUGGUUCUGCCUGGAGUCUCUUCCCUCUCUGGACUAACUGCUGUUCCUUCCAUGGUUUUUGGACCUCUACAUCCCUUAUUGUCUGGUUUCUGAGCUGUGGUUUAUUUGUGUCUCCAUAAUAAAGGGUGUGAGGGACACACACAGCCCGUCGGGUACCUGUGGUUUGGAGGGGCUAGCAGCAACUCCAGGCCCUGGGCCAGGCUUCUCUGAUACUGGAGUGAGCUGGGAGCUGGUCCUUUCUUUGCUAACCCUCUCUCCAGUUUGUCUUUUCAAUUAUAGUCUGUUAGCAAGAAUGCCUGUGAUGGUUACAAAAUGGAUUUCUCUGACAUUGGAACCCAUUAGAAAAAAACGGAACAAUAGCAAGUGAUCAGAGCUGCUGAUGAAUCCUAACCCCAGGGAUGCAGGGAGGAGGAGGGGGCCCAGUCUGCCUCUAGAGAAUGAAGUGUCACCAUGGAAGAUAAGCAGGCCCUGGGGUGCUAAUUAAUAACUUAGCAUUUCUGAAUAAGAAAGGAGGGCCACAGGCUAUCACCCUACCAAACAGUCUUAUUUAAGGUGACCAAGCAGGACCUACCCUGAUGAUCUCUGGGGGGGCGGGGUCUUCACAUCUCAGGAGGGAAAAGGGGCCUGAGGCCACUCUGCCACUUUGCUCUCUGAUCCUGGGUCUCCCUUCUGUACCCCAGAGGCCUAGUUGUACACAGCAAACAGCUAUACUUAAUCACAGAAAAACAAAACAACAACAACAAAACCAAAACCACAAAAAACCCAAACCCUGGGAGAUAGUAGCAGCUUAUGUUUAAGGGACAUUCUCUGCACAUCAGGACUGUGUUUAGUCCUAGCUUAUCUGGUUUUUAUAGUGAACCCGUGAGGUAGGAAGCGCCAUUAGAAAGCAGUAUAGAUGGCAUGUAUUCUGCAGACAUCUACCCUGGUGCCCACCCGAGAUACUGCCUGUGUUUCUUCAUACCUUGUGAGGUUCAGCUCCCCAGUAAGGAUUAAAGCCAUUGUUCCAGGCCAUGCCCUUGAGUUCAUAAUCUCCCGAAGCCACAUUUUUCCUCUCUCAGAGGUGGCUUGACAGCUACUGCUUCCCAAAUCAGACUCCCACAAGCAGGCACUAGAGUUCAGUUUGGAUCUGUAGUGUCUGCCCAAAGGCCCACACGUUGCAAGUUUGUUUCCUAAAGUGGGAGGGGGCAGAACUUCCCAGAGAUGAGGCCUACUGGCAAGUCUUGCAUCUUGUCCUUAUAGGGGUAUCAGGACCCCAGUCCCUUGGCCCUUCUCUUCCUCUCUCUUCCUUCCUGGUUAUGACACAAAAGGUUUGUUUUCCCACAUCUCCUGAUGUGUGACCAUGAGCCAAACAGUGGGACUGAGAGAGCACAGAGGGAAGUGUCUGAAACUGUGAGCCAAAAAUCAGUGUCUAUCUUCAUGAGCCGGUUACCUCAGGUGGACAUAGCCACAGAGAGAUGACCAACAUGGUGGUGAAGGCUGGCUGAGGUCAAGCCCUCCCCGAGUUAUUUUUAAUUAUUCCUCUAUGAUUAUUGCUUCCUCUUUUCUGAUUCCUCUCUUGCUUUUUUCCUUACCACUUUAUGCCUCCUGUCCAUAUGGAUGAACUCACUCUUGAUGUCCAGAAUCUACUUCUCUUUGCAUUGUCUGCCUGCGAGGUAACAAGCCAGGCUCUCCUAGUCCUGGGAGAAGAUUCUCCAGGCAUGGAAUGGCCCUGCUGUUCUUGCAUAACCUGUAUUGAGUGCUAGGGCCUGGUUCCCAAUAACCCAUGCCUUCUGCCUUCUCUAAGCAUAGUGUCAAGGGGACAGCAGCUGGAGGUACAUGGAGAAGCAAUUGAAUAGCAAGCACAUGAAGAAAAGAAAAUGAAUCCCCUGGUCCCUUCCCUGCCUUUAUUUCAUUUAUGAAUUCAUUUUUUUUCAAGCUGAACAUUUAAAUGCACUCUGCACUCUCUGAAAACCCCUCACCUCCUCCCUUCUCAUUAACAUUCUAAUUAUUACCAGAGCAAGUAAAAUGUAUGAUCAAAGGGAAGCAUGGCCCUAGAAAUACCUUUUGUUUUAAAGUGACUCAGUGCAGAAAUGGGCCCAGAGCAGCGGUAACAAAGGACAGAUACAAAGGGUUCGGAGAUGGUCAGGCACUUAGAAUACUGACAUUCAUGUCUGCUGUAGCUUUUCUGAUGCACCCAGAAAAGGUUAGGGGCUUGGAGAAACAGCCUCCAGGACAUUUAGACCAUAACUGUACAACAGAAAACAUCCUGAAUUUAAGUACUUCCAGUGUGCAUUUAUCUGUCUCCAGGUUAUAUACAUGUUCUACCAAAGUGAUAUUGUUGAGCUGUGUGGAUGAGGAUGGGCCCACCUCACUCCCUGUGUGACCUGGGCAAUCUAUUAAUUCUCUAGGUCAAUACCUGUCUCAUUAGAGAGGGUUACAUGAUUGAAUACAUAAAAAACAUUUUGCUAUUGAACAUAAUGACGUUGAAUAAAUUGACUAAAUCUAAUAAUAAAUCAUUUAUUACUAUCAACCUGUAUAUGAAGUCUUGACUAUUUAUAUAACAUGAUAAAUAUUAUAAUAUCUUGCAAAUUUUUUCCUCCUGGGGCACAUGCAUUCCUCACUGGAGACCUGGUUCGUACUCUCCAGAGCAGUAAUUCUCAACCUUCUUAAUGCUAAGACCCUUUAGUACAGUUCCUCGUGCUGUGGUGACCCCCACCAUAAAUGAUUUUCAUUGUUAGUUCAUAACUAUAAUUUUGUUACUGUUGUGUAUUGUAAUGUAAAUACAUGAUAUUUGGGAUAUCUGAUGUGUGGCCUCUGUUCUGAAGGGGUUGCUACCCACAGGGUGAGAACCACUACUCUUGGGGAAGACUUAGUGCUAGCAGCUAAUACUCUCAGCCACAGAAUGGCUCUGAAGUCUCUGUGUUGGCUGAAUAGGGGCAGAAGUGGUGGGAAGGUACAAUUUCCUUUUCACCCCUUUUCAGAGAGGCCCCUGGCUGUUGAUCCUGGCAAGGACUGGACAGGGAGCCAGAGGUAGUGGUGGCUCCUUGAAAGGUUGACUGGGGUUCUUAACCUCAGGAUGUAGGGCUGGCUUUACCCGAGAUCUGGAUACAAUAAAAGUACCUAGUGGGAGCCAGGCAUUUUGCCAAGCCUAGCUCUGAAUGGAAUCUGGCGUGGUUGAACUUACAUAAGGAAGAAUUGUAAUUCAUUCAUGUGUGCCUGCUUAUGUGCCGGUUCAUGGCUUAUGUGCAGGUUCAUGAAUGAAAGCAUAAGGCCACCGGAACCUAUAGGUGUCUAGAGUUUAACCUGGGACAAACAGGUCAUAGCAGUAGAAAGAAUAGGAUGGUGGACUCCUGGGCCCUGACUAACUUGUGGCCUCUAGGCUACUGUUGCCAUCUCUCAAAGGACAACCUUACCUUUGUACUUAGGUAAUUCUACAAGUCCUAAGAUCCAUAAAGCAAUUGGCAGCUGGGCCAGAGGCUCCAGCCUCCAGGUCUGCAGGACUAGCAGAUACUAGAAUGAGAGGUUGAGCUGAUAGGAUACCUCCCUGCCGAGGGAGUCACCCAUCUGCCCAGGGCCAGCUAGCAAGUCUUGGCCUCUUCCACAAAAGUCAGACAUCUAGGGAAGUGACAGUUAGGGACUUCCAUAGCUUCUCGUUCACCAUGUUAGCCAAACCAAGUGCCUUGGCUGGCUCCUCCACAAGUGAUCAUGUGACAACCCUGCCCAGCAAACCUCUGGCUCAGAGCCUCUCCACCUCUCCCUUAGGCUCAAAGACUCAUAUCCUUUGAGAGGAGGAAGUGGGACAAGAGUCUUCUUACCAGUUCUGUACACAAGGAGACAUUCUACACAGCUCUCUUGAGAUGAUGGACACCCCUGGGUCUGGGCAGGGGCGGGUUAAGGCUUUAAGUGCCUGCUUCCAACCCAGGCACAUGGCUCACAAACACUAGAUUUACAGCAAGGCUUCCAAAGAGCCACAGAAUGGAAGACAGUGAUGGGAAUCAUUUGUAUUUUGUACUUAACUUUGACCUAUAUAGACCCCGGUAAUCAGAUUCCAACUUAAUACAAGAAACCACUGAGCCUACAGCAUGCAAAAAACUCUAGGAAAACAGAAGUCAGCAGCCUGCUUUUAGGGAAGUGAGGCUGCACUCCUCUCUCUGGAGGAAAUCAGGGUGUUUAUUGAAUUCCUGCUAAGUCCCAGGAAUGAACAACUAUGGAGCCUGGAAUGAGACUCCAUGCUCCCUUAGAAAAGGAGCAUGGGUUUGCCAGCACCUGCCCCUACCUCAGAGGCUGUGUGGGGGCUGUGUGCAAAGAUCACUGUUGGGGGCUGGAGAUAAAGUUCAGUGAGAGAUCACUUACCUAACCUGGGCAAGGCUCUGGGUUGAAAGGAAAAGUAAGACCCUGCUAGAAAUCUGGCCACAGUAAGCGCUCUAAUAGAAAUUCAAACAGCAUACAAAUAUGAAUACUUCAGGAAUCUGCACGUUUGUUUAGAAUCCCAUUUAAAUCACUGUCCCAUCCCUGGGCACAAGCCAGGAGCAGUAGGGCAAGCUGCCAGUGCUCCUCACUAUGGUAAAAGGUGGGGGCAGGGUGAUACUAAAGCAACCAGACCGAGGUGAACGCCAGGCUGCAGACAGUUGACAAAAUGGACCAUCAACGUCCAAGCCGACUCUUCUUCCCAUGUCUUGGCAGCUUUGCUCAUAACCGUUCUUCUCUCUUCUUUCGUCUUUGUCCCUUCUAUGGUGUGCCUCCUUCCAAUGCCUCCCCUGCUUAUCCCCACCUCUGUGUGUCUCUGUCCUGCCCUGCCUGCCUCACGCUGAGGGCAGGCACCUCUGUCAGCCUCCUCGCAGUGGUAGUUAUUGUGUGUGGUGUGGCCCUGGUGGCAGUUUUUUUCUUUCUCUUUUGGAAGCUGUGCUGGAUGCCCUGGAGGAACAAGGAGGCCUCCAGCCCUUCUUCUGCUAACCCUGCUUCAGAGAUCCUCCAAAGCCCCAGCUCCAGAGGCAACAUGGCGGAUAAGCUGAAGGACCCCAGUGCCCUGGGCUUCCUGGAGGCAGCUGUAAAGAUCAGCCAUACUUCCCCAGAUAUCCCAGCCGAGGUGCAGAUGUCGGUCAAAGAGCACAUUAUGCGCCACACCAAGCUGCAGCGACAGACCACAGAGCCAGCGUCGUCUACCAGACACACGUCCUUCAAGCGCCACCUGCCACGGCAGAUGCAUGUCUCCAGUGUGGACUACGGCAAUGAACUGCCGCCGGCCGCCGCUGAACAGCCCACCAGUAUUGGCCGUAUCAAGCCUGAGCUCUACAAGCAGAAGUCAGUGGAUGGGGAUGAGGCCAAGUCUGAGGCCGCCAAGAGCUGUGGGAAGAUCAACUUCAGCCUCCGCUAUGACUAUGAGAGUGAGACCCUGAUUGUACGAAUCCUGAAGGCCUUUGACCUCCCUGCCAAGGACUUUUGUGGAAGUUCUGACCCUUACGUUAAAAUCUACCUCUUGCCUGACCGCAAGUGCAAGCUGCAGACCCGGGUGCACCGCAAGACGCUGAACCCCACCUUUGAUGAGAACUUCCACUUCCCCGUGCCCUAUGAGGAGCUGGCUGACCGCAAGCUGCAUCUCAGUGUCUUUGACUUUGACCGCUUCUCCCGCCAUGACAUGAUUGGCGAGGUCAUCCUGGACAAUCUCUUCGAGGCCUCUGACCUGUCCCGGGAGACCUCCAUCUGGAAGGACAUCCAGUACGCUACUAGUGAAAGUGUGGACUUGGGAGAGAUCAUGUUCUCCCUCUGCUACCUGCCCACAGCAGGCAGGCUCACCCUCACGGUGAUCAAGUGUCGCAAUCUCAAAGCAAUGGACAUCACGGGCUACUCAGAUCCCUACGUCAAAGUGUCCCUACUAUGUGAUGGGCGGAGACUGAAAAAGAAGAAAACAACCAUAAAAAAGAACACCCUCAACCCUGUCUACAACGAGGCCAUCAUCUUUGAUAUCCCCCCAGAAAACAUGGAUCAAGUGAGCCUGCUCAUCUCCGUUAUGGACUAUGACAGAGUUGGCCACAACGAGAUCAUAGGAGUGUGUAGAGUGGGGAUCAGUGCUGAAGGUCUUGGCAGGGACCACUGGAAUGAGAUGUUGGCAUACCCACGAAAGCCCAUCGCACACUGGCACUGCUUGGCGGAGUGGCAGGGCCGAGCUGCCAGUUUCGACAGCGAGAGCUCAUGCCCAUCUCCGAAACCACCUCCGACACCAUGAGCUGCACAGCCCAGCCAACGGGACUCAGCAAUGUUAUUUCCGCACUUGUUCCAGUAUCUAAACACAGUGUUUGUGCAGUCACGGCGAUGGCCGCAGCAGCAGCCACUGCCUGCCAGCCCAUGGUCUUCACUGCUCUCGUGCAGGGCAAGGCCCAGACACUUGUCCUGUGUGAUCAGAUCUGUCCUAGUCUUUUCUGUCUCCCAAGGUGACGUUUUUGUGGUUUUUUCACUUUGUUUGGUCUACUGUCGAGGAAGAAAUAAAAACAUAACGAUUUGAGAUACAAAACGAAGAAUGGAGAGCCCGGAAAUUGGUUCUGGGAAAUACAGUAUAAGAUAGCAGUCUUGUAGGGGAAAACAGACUGAAUCUCUGAAAUUUUGUGCCUCCAUCAAACAUUGACCCCUGGAGACGCACCAGAAGGAUGGAGCUGUGGCUGUAUUUUCAGUGCCCUUCAUGAAUGGAACCUAUCAAUUUAGGAACCUUUCCAAGGUGAAUUAUUCUUGGUGGAAGCUCUUCACUGCUGUGACACAAGACAAGAUGUGAUCCUCUUGUCCCGUGUUGAAAUCAUGAGACCUCUGACAUGUUUGUGACUCUGUAGGGGAAUCCUUAUUCCCCUUUUUGUUGGCUUUCCCAAACUGGGAACAUUUUGAUUCCUCGUGGGAACUUAGUCACUUUCCUUAGGAACGAUCCACUGAAAGUAGUCACACCGUAUGUUUUCUGACACUCCACAGUUAAUGAUCACUGUGUUGUUUGGAAACAGGAUCUUAGUUCUCAAAAAUAGCCUUCAUUGUAAAGAAAGGAGGCACAUAUGUUCCAGAAUGAUUCCUGUGUUAUACAUAGCUUUAUAAUUCCACAAAGUAUCAAGCAGCUGUUUAAAAUGCCUAAACAGAGCAAAGAAAAAUCUAGACAACACGUUUCUUUUCUGAAUGGGGCAUUUUGAAAUCCAAACCACACUUUUGAGUCUGCCAUCUAUGAAGAGUCUUCUCUUAGUUGAAACCCAGUUAGCCAGAGACUAGUUCAGCCCCACAGACUCUGGGACAAUAACUUACUUUAAACUUUAGUUCUAUAAAUUAAUAAGUAUUCUGUGUUGUUUGUUUCAGUCAUAGUGAAAAGAUCUUUGCUUGUUUGUUUUCCAUUAGCUCUCUACCUUAGGCCAAAUUCAGUCUAGAAAACAAAAAUGAAUGACUGUAUUUAUAACAGCACAUUUCUAUGGAGUGACCAGUGGCCUUCCCACCACGCCCUGUAAGCACAUGAACGUGAGUUUCCACUCCAACUUGUGGCUACUGUAGGACUUGCAUGAAGCAAGUCAGCUUGGAAAAUCCAUUCUUUCAACAACAGAAGGACAAAAACACAAAAGCUAUCUGCAUACCUCGUGUCUUACACUUUACAUAGGCCCCAUGCUCUAGGAGUAGCUACCUAAUAAAGCCACCACCAUUUUAAGUCAAGCCCCAAGUUUCUCUGCUGCCCUAACUUUAUGUAGUGUCUGUUAACCAGAGGAAUGACCGGAUUGGAGAUUGAGCUAACAGGCUCUUGUGGCAAGAAAAGCGGUCCAGCAUUCUAGUAAAUGCAGCUGAAUCUUGACUCCACUAGUAUGAGCCUUUGGCUAGGGACUGGUAUGUAAAGAUGAUUUUUCUCUCCAAAUAUUUUACAAUUGGUAAGUCUUUCUAGCCAGGCAGUGCCCUGUUUGGAAGUUCACUCAAGAGGGAGAAAAAUCACAAGGUCAUGACAAGAGUCUCAGCAAGCCAGUAACUUCAUUGUGUUUCUUGACUCUGGAUGGACCCCACUAAGGUGACUGUCUCAGCCACACAGCAGUGUAAACUAGGAAGGGGCAGAUUAAGUUUGCUGGGUCAUAAGGAACCCAGAAGCUAGUGAGUGCGUCUUUCCAGAAGUGGACUUGAAACACAUGCCCAGCUGCCACCCCGAAACCCUUAGGCAGGUGGGAUGUUCCCGUCUAAGGUUUUAGAGAGAAGGGUGUGAGCUGUCUGAGACAGCUUCCAUGCCUCUUUUCUGUAAGUAAACAUCCCAAAGGUUUCUGGAAACAGCACCUGGUUAUGGCCUCGCCCCUCUCAUCACCUGAGUCAACCGCUUUAGCUCCACCAGCUUCGGUAGGCAUUAGGCUUGGAAGCUCACUCCAGAGAGGCUUCUAGCUCCUGGGCUCCCUCCCCCAAGUCCCCAUCAAAGGUGGCCAGAGCAGUCCAACCUCAUUCUGACGCAUGAAUGACAUGAACAAGCUUCUCCAUUUAUCAGCCAGGAUUCUUCCCUCACAGACGAGAACUAAUGACAACAAAUGCAGAAUAAACUGAGAUUCAAAACUGGCUCUUUUGUUGGCUUCCCCUGGUACAAGAAACCCCUUGUGGGUGGCAAGCUCUGCUGGUUAUGAUAACCAGAGCCAUUUGCACACAGAGGUUUGCUAAAGACACCAAGUUCUCCUCUCCUUUAUUUAGAAGUCUUUCUUGGCUGAGAGAUGCUCCCCCUCCCCCUUUGCACUUACCCAGGAUGUUAAUUAAUUGUAUCAUCAUUUAAAAAAUUAUGUUGUUAAUUACUGCUUUGUGUCUUCCCACCCCUGUCACAGCCUGGAGUUUUUAUUCAAUUAAAUCUCUGUCUCUUGCCCA